GGUUGGUGCAAACGUAAUUGUGGUUUUUGCAUUGUUGAAAUUUGCCAUUUGAUAUUGGAAUACAUUCUUAAAUAAAUGUGGUUAUGUUAUACAUCAUUUUAAUGCAUAUUUCUCGCUUUAUGUUUUUUUGCUAAUGACAUUACUUGCUGUUUAUUUUAUAUUUAUUUUAGACUAUGGGAAUGACAUUAGACAAAAAGAAAAUUUGAGCAAUUUUCUUAUUUGAGUUCAAAAUGGGCUGUAAAGCAACAGAUACAACUCGCAACAUCAACAACGCAUUUGGCUGAGGAACUGCUAAUGAACGUACAGUGCAGUGCUGGUUCAAGAAGUUUUGCAAAGGAGAUGAGAGCCUUGAAGAUGAGGAGCGUUGUGGCCAGCCAUUGGAAGUUGACAACGACCAAUUGAGAGCAAUCCUCGAAACUGAUCCUCUUACAACUACACGAGAAGUUGCUGAAGAACUCAGUGUCGACCAUUCUACUGUCAUUCGGCAUUUGAAGAAAAUUGGAAAGGUGAAAAAGCUCGAUAAGUGGGUGCCUCAUGAGCUGACCGAAAACAAAAAUUAAAAAAUCGUCGUUUUGAAGUGUUUUCUUCUUAUUCUACGCAACAACAAUGAACCAUUUCUAGAUCGGAUUGUGAUGUGUGACGAAAAGUGGAUUUUAUACAACCAGCGAUGACCAGCUCAGUGGUUGGACCGAAAAAAGCUCUAAAGCACUUCCCAAAGCUAAACCUGCAGCAAAAGAAGGUCAUGCUCACUGUUUGGUGGUCUGCUGCCAGUCUGAUCCACUACAGCUUUCUGAAUCCUGGCGAAACAAUUGUAUCUGAGAAGUAUGCUCAGCAAAUCGAUGAGAUGCACCGAAAACUCCAACGCCUGCAGCUGGCAUUGGUCAACAGAAAGGGCCCAAUUCUUCUCCACAACAAUGCCCAACUGCACGUCGCACAAACAACGCUUCAAAACUUGAAUGAAUUGGGCUACGAAGUUUUGCCUCAUCCGCGAUAUUCACCUGACCUCUCGCCAACCAACUACCACUCCUUCAAGCAUCUCGACAACUUUUUGCAGGGAAAAUGCUUCUACAACCAGCAGGAUGCAGAAAAUGCUUUCGAAGAGUUCUUCAAAUCCCGAAGCAUGGAUUUUUAGGCUACAGGAAUAAAUAAACUUAUAUCUCAUUGGUAAAAAUGUGUUGAUUGUAAUGAUUCCUAUUUUGAUUAAUAAAGAUGUGCUUGAGCCUAGUUAUAAUGAUUUAAAAUUCACGGUCCAAAACCACAAUUACUUUUACACC